AUGAAUGCUCCAUUCCCAGAAAAGAUGAUAGAGAAAUUUGUACAGUUUAUUAUGUUAACUCUUCAUAGAAUAAGUAAAUGGAAGUAUUUGUGAAACAUGAAGAGUUGCUUUUGAAAUAGAGACAAGCAUAUGAGUAAAAACUUAAUAAUGUGUUUGAUCGAAAUUUGCAACUGGAAGAGAAGGAUAGAAGUAUGCAUGAAUAAGUACCUAUUGAUUCAAAUAGAUCUUAUCAUCAAGAUACUAGAAUGAAUAAUUGAAAAUAUAGUAAGAGAAGUUAAAGCAAUUACAAGAAUUAUAGAAAUAAAAGAAAGAGAAAAAAAAAGCAGCAAAUGAAUUAUGGUAAUAAGAACAGAAAUAACAUGAGAAAGAUAUAUAAUAAAAGUUGUUUGAAAUUCAAUAAUAGAUAAAAUAUGAAGAAUUCAAAAGGAAAACUGAUGAAUUAAUGAAUUAACUUGACAAUAAUUUAAGGAAACUUAAUCUACGUUAUUUAGAGAAAUAAGAAAGGAAAGAGAAAUAUUUAAAUGAUUUUUUAAAUUAGAAGUAAUAGACUAUAAAUACAUCGAUGCAGAUUACUGAAUCACAUCAUCAAAAUGUAUAUUCUAAUUAUUAAUAAUAAAUGAAGAGAAUUUAGGAAGUAAUUAACAUUGUUAAUGUUAGAUUUGUUAAUUAAAAUUGAAAAAAUAUGAAAAUAAAAUAAAACAAAUUAAUCAAUAGAAACUAUCUUAAAUUGAACAAUUAACUCAUAAGGCUUAAUCAAGUUUUGAACAUUAAGAAGGCAUUAAAUAUCGUUCAUAUUAGAUAUAUUAAAAUAAAUUGUAAAAAUUAUAAAAUAAGAUGAAUUAUUUUUAAGAUAAAAUCAAUUAAAUUGAAAAGAAGAGAUUAUAAUAAUUAUAAAUGAAUUAUUUAUAAGAAUAAGAAUUAAAUUAAAAAAGAAAUGAUGUAAGAGCUAAAUCUGAAAAUAUUUAUAGAAAUAAAUCUAUAAAUAUUUUAAAUAAAUAAUUGGAAAAAGAGAAAACAUUUUAAUUAGUCUAAUAAUAGAAUUAAAUUGAAUUAUAAUAAAAAUUAUAGAGAUUAAAUGAAAAAUGGUAAACAUAAUAAAAUUAAGUUUAAAAAGCUGAUCAAUUAAAAUAAUCAUAUUUUUCAUCAUUAGAAUAAAAAAUCACUUAAAGAGAUUAGAGAUUAUAAGAUUAAAUGUAUUAAAAUAAUAACUUAUUUAAAUAGAUAAAAUAAAUUAGAUAUCUAAAAAAGAAGAUUUAAAGUUAUUGAAGAUAUGGAAAGAUAAAAAAGAGAUUUAUUACUUAAAUUAGAAUAAGAUAAAGUUCCAUUUACAAAUACUUCUGAAAUGAGAUAUUUGUAUAGCACUCCAAAAUAAUAGUAAUCUAAAUUGUUUAUUACAUGA